UCGAGUAGUGACGGAAGAAAAGAAUACGUUUGUCUGCUGCUUUCCAUCGUUUUUGGACUCUCUUUCUCUCUCAUUCAGUGGAUGCCCAUGCCUUUUCCUUUGCUUUUAUUCUGCACUUGUCUAUCGUGACAGAGCGCACCAGCCCCACCUGUGCUCCAAGCACAAGAGUCUCCGUUUUGUUCCCUCAUUUUCUUUUCCUUUCUUUUCCAUUCCUUUUCUCUCCGUAGCUUUAUAUAUUGCUCCCACCUGGCUUCUUACCAAAGACGAACAAUAUUCGUCUAAGGCAGACAGAGCGUGAGAGAGAGAGAGAGAGAGAGAGAGAGAGAGAGAGAGAGAGAGAGAAGUUGCAGAGAGGAAGGAAGAGAUCUUAGUUUCGAGUUCGGGUGAUGAUGGGGUCGUCUUCGGCUCAUGCUAACAGUUACGAUUACUCUUUCAAGAUCUUGUUGAUUGGAGAUUCUGCCGUCGGUAAGAGCAGUCUUCUUGCCAGCUUCAUCUCCAACCCUGUUGAGGAACUCUCUCCCACCAUCGGUGUGGAUUUUAAGAUUAAGCAUCUCACGGUUGGUGGGAAGAGAUUGAAGCUCACAAUUUGGGAUACAGCUGGACAGGAAAGGUUCAGGACAUUAACAAGCUCAUACUAUAGAGGUGCCCAAGGGAUCAUUCUUGUGUAUGAUGUCACACGGAGAGAAACCUUUACAGACUUGUCGGAAGUGUGGGCGAAGGAGAUAGAACUUUACUCCACUAACCAGGAUUGCAUAAAGAUGCUUGUUGGGAAUAAAAUUGAUAAGGAAAGUGAACGGGUUGUUACUAAAGAGGAGGGAAUGGCUUUCGCACAAGAGUACGGAUGUUUAUUUAUAGAAUGCAGUGCAAAAACUAGGGAAAAUGUUGAAAAAUGCUUUGAAGAACUUGAUUUAAAGAUAAUGGAGGUUCCUAGUUUGUUGGAAGAAGGAUCGACUGUAAAGAAGAACAUUUUACAACCGAAACCACAAGAAUAUCAGGCACCUCCCACUCCUACCGGUGGUUGUUGCUCUUAGGAAGCUGUACACAGGCCAAACAUUUGUUGGAAAAAAGAAAAGAAACAUUGGCCACGAAUCAAAGGUCCCCAAACGCUUUUACUAACGGCAAUGGACAAGCAGAAUCCAGUGAUGUAAAUGAUGAUUUCUUCUCUGUUCUAAUAAUUGUUGGGGUACAAAAUUGCUUAGAAGUUGGGUAAAUCUCUUACUUGUCUUUGCUGUAUCAUCUUUCCUUCAAUCUAGUAGUUUAAAUAACGAGUGUGAGGAUGCAAAGUGAACAAUGCUAUGCGUGAAAAUGCUCAUGUAAACAAAAACCACAUGUAAUUUGUUUGUGCUAACUGGAGAUGUAUAAAUUAUGUUUCUGAAGGUA